GUCUUCGGCUGGCUCCUUCCAUGCCGGCUGUCUGGGAACCUCUGACUAAUUGCAGGAUACAGAGACACGCAGUCUUCAAAAAUAGAUCGCACGCCGCUCCCCAACCGCAAUAGGGAAGUCCCCAUUUUAUUAUUCUUUCAUUCUCAGGCUAUUAUAGGGCUACUUACCCCCUAUGAAAAUCGGGUGUUUUUAUUUCUAUUUCUGUACAUUCAUGUUUUUUUUCCACGCCGAGCAGUGAAUCAUUUUAUUAUUAAAGCAGCAGACAGUUUAUUCAAACAAACUUUAAGGAAACAGUAUUAAAGAAACGGCAUAGAUAUUAAAUAAACAUAAAUGCCAGUUAAAUAAGUGCCCCACAUUCAUGUUCCUUUUUUGUUGAAAAUAACAUCCCACAUAGGUUAAACAGCUUGCUUUUAAGCGGCAUUAAUCUGAGAUAUGUGCUUUGCUUCUCCUGUGAGUGUUCCUUGGGUUGGAAGGGGUCACAGGGCCAAACAUAAAAUGUCCCAAGUUGAUUUUCAGGCUUUAAACAACGUGGCUCUCUGUGAAAGGUAGGGCAUGGAUUAAGCCAUUUAUCCAGUUAUCAGGGAUUCCCCCCCCCCCUCCAUUACACCACUUUCUGUUGCUUAUGCUCUAUCACAUAUCUCUCUCUUCACUCCAUCCCAACCAUUUUGAGGUCCAGAUCAGCGUUCAAGGAGGCUGGUGGCAUGGCUGGACAGAGCACAGGGUGGGGGAGGUACAUGUAUGCUCGGGAAGGGUGGCUGCCUGAAUACAUAUUACUCUUCACCUACUGUAGUAAACGAUACUUUCCGAAUUAGCGCUUAAGCUUGUGGAUGCAAGAAAUCAGAGUGAUUGUAUGAAAGCAUUGCAUAAAUAACAUUGGUUUUCAAAAUUGUCUUUUGAAUCUUAAUGCUGGAAAUCUAGUGUAAGUAAUAUUUGAAGGAUAUUAAGGUCAAAUGCAUCUGCCCAUCCCCCAGUUGAAAUGGUCUAGAAGUGCUACUGCCUGAUAUAACGCAGUAGCAUAGUGGGUUGGGGGUUGUGGGUAGGGGGAGUUCCUGGCGAAAAGUUGUGUAUGUCACUCCCUCAUAUGGUGGUUAGCCGAUAAGCGGUCUCAAUCUGCAUGUCAGAGAAAUCAGUAAGGAGUCUGAUAAUGAUGAACGGGCCAAUCGGGAUGGUGAUGCUCCCAGAACUGGGGGUGGGGUGGCAGCAGCAGGGGUGCAUAUGAUGAGUGGUGUGGGAUGGCAGAGAGCCGAUUACAACCAGAGCUGUCCUUGUCUGGUGUCUUGCAUUCCUAAGUGCCGUCACUGUCCCUGCCAAGCUGAGAUAGGGCAGCAACCUUUUUAACGCAAGCAGUUAUUUUGAAAUAAUGGGCACAUAGUUAGGAAAUGAACUGGUCAUUAGCUGUGCGUUAACUUUUUUUUUUUCACUGAAUGAAAUUAUGCAUAAUUGAUGAGACAGUGGAGUUGGUGUGGUCCAUUUACUGCUGCCUGCUACACCUCCUAUAUCUCUUUUGAGGGAAAUUCAUCUAUAAACAGGUAAAUUAUUCUUCCCAAUUGCCACAUAUUGUUAAAAAAAUACAUCCUAAACACCUUGAAUACUGUCUCACCAUCAAAAGGUUAAAUUGUCUCAUGGUCACUGAUAAUCAGUGCACUACUGAUUGCGCUGGUAAAUGUUUUGCAUUGUCACCAUUCACAGUUAUGUUGAAGGCAAGGCUGCUUACAGCCCCAAGGUGGAAAAUUGGAUUGGCUGAGAGCGAAUGCAGACGGAGCAUCAGCCUGGCUUCAAGCUACCAUUCACAACAGAGUGAAGGCAGUAAAUUUGAUUCUACUGGGAUCUGACCAUGCUGCUGCUAAUGGUGGGCAACCUCAUCAUCAUACCGGUGGGCAUCACCUUCUUCAAGGACGAGCACACCCCGCCCUGGAUCGUCUUCAACGUCGUGUCGGACACCUUCUUCCUCGUUGACCUGGUGCUCAACUUCCGCACGGGCAUUGUGAAGGAGGACAACACCGAGAUCAUUCUGGACCCACAGCAGAUCAAAGUAAAGUACCUGCGGAGCUGGUUCAUUGUGGACUUCAUCUCCUCCAUCCCAGUGGACUACAUCUUCCUCAUUGUGGAGACACGUAUUGACUCGGACUUCUAUAAGACGGCCCGCGCACUGAGGAUUGUCCGCUUCACUAAGAUCCUGAGUCUGCUACGUUUGCUGCGUCUGUCCAGGCUCAUUCGCUACAUUCACCAGUGGGAGGAGAUCUUCCAUAUGACCUAUGACCUGGCCAGUGCCAUGGUGCGCAUUGUCAACCUCAUCGGCAUGAUGCUGCUGCUGUGCCACUGGGACGGCUGCCUGCAGUUCCUGGUGCCCAUGCUGCAGGACUUCCCCGCCGACUGCUGGGUCUCCAAGAACAAGAUGGUGAACGACACCUGGGGCCAGCAAUACUCCUACGCGCUCUUCAAGGCCAUGAGCCACAUGCUGUGCAUCGGCUACGGCAUGUACCCCCCCGUGGGCAUGACGGACGUCUGGCUCACCAUCCUCAGCAUGAUCGUGGGUGCCACCUGCUACGCCAUGUUUGUGGGACACGCCACUGCACUCAUCCAGUCUCUGGACUCCUCCCGCCGUCAGUACCAGGAGAAGUACAAACAAGUGGAGCAGUACAUGUCCUUCCACAAGCUCCCGGCGGACAUGCGACAGAGGAUCCACGAUUACUAUGAGCACCGCUACCAGGGCAAGAUGUUCGACGAGGAGAGCAUCCUUGGAGAGCUCAACGAACCCCUCCGAGAGGAGAUCAUCAACUUUAACUGCCGGAAGCUGGUGGCCUCCAUGCCGCUGUUCGCCAACGCAGACCCCAACUUCGUGACGUCCAUGCUGACCAAGCUGCGCUUCGAGGUCUUCCAGCCCGGCGACUACAUCAUCCGCGAAGGCACCAUCGGCAAGAAGAUGUACUUCAUCCAGCACGGGGUGGUGAGCGUGCUCACCAAGGGCAACAAGGAGACCAAGCUCUCGGACGGCUCCUACUUUGGCGAGAUCUGCCUGCUGACCCGGGGCAGGAGGACGGCCAGCGUGCGGGCGGACACCUACUGCCGGCUCUACUCACUCUCCGUUGACAACUUCAACGAAGUGCUGGAGGAGUACCCCAUGAUGCGGCGUGCCUUCGAGACCGUGGCGCUGGACCGCCUCGACCGCAUCGGGAAGAAAAACUCCAUCUUGCAACACAAAGUACAGCAUGACCUCAGCUCAGGAGUUCUGAACUACCAGGAGAACGAGAUCAUUCAGCAGAUCGUGCAGCAUGACCGGGACAUGGCCCACACCGCCCACCUGCUGCAGGCCGCCCCGCCCCCCGUCCCGCCCUCACCCACCCCCGUCAUAUGGGCUCCACUCAUUCAGGCGCCCCUUCAGGCGGCCGCUGCCACCACCUCCGUCGCCAUAGCUCUGACGCACCACCCCCACCUGCCCGGCGCUCUCCUCCGCAACCCUUUGCUGGGCUCGCUCAAGGACCCUCCUGGCCGCCUCAAGAAGUUCCAUUUCCCGGCGUCGGCAGCCUCCCCGGGAGACUCCCCCUGCGACACCCCCUCCAAGCCGCACCCCGGCGUGGACAGCCCCCUGCUAGCUGCCUUCCGGGCCCAUCACAUGACCUCCACACCGGUGCAAGCCGGCCCCAGCCAGCAGCCCCCCGGCAGCAGUCCGCACCCGUGCCCCAGCGGCCUGGCCUCGCUCCGUUUCGGCUCCCUCCCCACCUCCGACUCCCUAUCCUCCAGCAGCUCGCAGCUGCACACGCAGCCACGGCAAAAGCUGACGGCCUCCUGUAGCACGCCACCCACUGUGAGCCUCCCCCACAAGGGGGAAGCGGGGGGGACUCCAGGGGCCACCGCCGCGGCCCUCACACCCCACAUCAGCCCCCUGGCCUCCAGCUCCGCCAGCCCCAGCAUGUGCCAGACGCAGGCCCCCGCCUCUACACCCACGCAGGCGGGAUCCCAGCAGCACCUCACAGGUAGGACUUCUAGCAGCCUGAAUCUGUUCCACACCCCUUCCUCCGACUCCCUGUCAUCCUGCCGGAGCCAGCACACGCUGCCCCCUGGGGGGUCCCCGCUGUCACUGGUGCAGGAGAGCCUGGCUGGCCUGCAGUCCGGCUGCCUUCCCCAGCUUCACCAGGAGCGAUCAGCGCUAGCCUCCCUAGCCCAGUAUGGCUCUGGCAAUGCCUCCCCCUGCUACACCCCGCUGGCCCCCAGCCCCACGGUCCAAAGCCCUGUGACCGGAAGAACGUUUCACUACAGCGAACCCUCAAGUGCCACUGGGUCCCAUAGCUCUCUUCUCCUGCCACAAGUCUCGUGCCCACCCCGGCUGUGCAGUCUGCCCCGAGCCGGCACGGAACCGGAGUCAGAGUCACUGCUAAGCUUCUUCUCCCCUGAAGCAAAAAUGGCGUCGACCUCGCACCCUUCCCUGCCCCAGGAGGUGGGCCGGGCCACGAGCCGCUCCCCCAGGCUGCCCUCCCAGGAGUCAGAUCCCUGCUUUACCCCCUUUUCCUCCCCAGUGCUGUCCAGCAGGCCCUGCAGCUCCAUCUCGGGGAACGUGCCGCUCGUCAGACAGACGUCCCCCGGACCUAUACCUCAGACUCAUUCCCCAGGGAUGUCCCCCAUCCUACUACCACGACGGGGGCACACGUCCGAACUCGAGCCCAUCCGCUCCAAACUGCCCUCCAAUUUGUGAGGUUGGAUCACACCCUCCUGUGGACCCUAGACUAGAAAAAUAAUCUCUGAGCGAUGUUCCCCCCUUCCAUACUCUGCACUGUGUUUUGAGUUUCCUAAAAUAACUGUGAAUUCAAAGAUUAACUGGGUGACUUAGUACUUAGUACUUUUUUUUUUUUUGCUUUGCCAUUUCCUGUUUUUUUACCCUGAAAUAUAUAUGUCGCCUGAUAUUUAAAACAUUCUAGGAGGGUGUGAGAUACUAUCCAUUCAGACAAGGGCCAUGAUUUAGUUUGUUUUUACCUAUGCCAAAUGAACUGACAGGGGCUGCGCCAGGUGGCUAGCACGGCAACAUGACAGUAUUCCGUGCAGGAGCCUAUGCACUUUGUCCUGUGGCAGUAAGAAGAACUGUUUUUUGGUUACAGAGGUACAACCUUUAUGAGCUUACGUGUUUCACCAUGUCACACAGGAUCACGUGCAACGACAGUUGUGAUUCUCCGGUGAUUUGCGGUUGACUUAUUUGCUAUUUGCUCGUAUUGAAAACUUGAAUUCUGUCGUUCUGAUUAGCGAAACUUUUGGGGGACAUAAGCCAAAUAGAGUAUCUACUGGAUCUGUUUUUUUUCCCUUCGUCUUCCAGGGUCACACAGUGAUGGUUUGGCUGCUUGUAUCAGUAUACUGUGUGUGUGUGUGUGUGUGUGUGUGUGUGAGAGUAUGUGCAGGGCCAGAUUAAUGCAUAGGCCAUCCUAGGCUAUAGCCUAGGGCCCCGGCAAACAUCAGGGUUCCACCCCGCCUUGGGAAAAGUGAAAUAGUUAGUUAAAUCGGCAACACCAGAGUGUCCAUGCUGAUGUCAGCCAAGGGCCCGCAGAUAAGAUGAUCUGCCCCCCUGUGUGUGUAUUCAUCUCUCAACUUCCAGGCCAAAUCAAGGGAUGCCUUGAUUGAUCAAAAACAGAAAUGUUUUGAUUUUGUGUGCAUACGUUAAUGUCCCCGUGUCCUUCUACACCCUCAGUGGGUUAAGAAAGGAGUCACUAGCACCGGCAAUUAAGAUGCAAAUUUGCACCUUAGAGAAGAAACUGUCUGAGCCCGUGGUUUGAGUUCAGUGGUAGUUGGAGGGACCCGUGCAAAAGAACAGCUCUAGUUCUUAGCUGGUGAAUGGUGAUGAUGGUGGACAGCUGACCGCCCGAGCUUUGAUCUUCCAGCAUGAUCUAACAGUCAAGCAUCUAGUUAGUGGUUCACUGUUCCAAAAGGUGCUCUGCCAAAGCUGGAUUUACACAGAUGUGUGUUUCAUUAAACAUUUCUCUUAACAUUUCACCAAGCUGCAUAUUUAAUUUCCAGCUUUAUUACGAGCCCUGCCCCCCAAUUUCUGUGGAUAGACUGAACACCAAAAGAACUGUUGACAAUUAGGAAUUAUGAUUAUUGACUUUGACAGUACUAUUUGGGACAUUGACUCUUGAAAUAGAACAGAUAUCAUUUACUAGAUGAUGUCAACCUAAGUUUUUUUUUCUCCCCCCAUUCAAGCGACAGAAUAGAUUGUCGUAUUAUUACAACAAAGGAUGCAGGCGCCAAUCAACAUCAAGUUCUGUGUCGGGGAUUAAGGAAACAAUGGGAUUCAGUAGCAAUAAGAAGACAGGAUUGAGGUUUAGCAUAAUAGGGAGGGUGUAAAUCCUGGUGGAAACACUGUAACUGUCUGGAACCAACACUCAAAAGUUGUCAGACCUGUUUCGAGCAUUAUAUGAGAAAGCUGCUAUGGGGCUAUAAGGGCACUCAGUUAGCAAAAUGUCAUAUCGGAUCGUGGCGAAUAUCGUGUCACCGGAUGAUGUGAUUCAAACGGAAUGUGAAGAGAGCCCUCUAACCCCUCAGGAUCGAGCUGAAGUGUGCAGACCGUGAUGGAGAAAGUGCCGUCAUGGAAGCCAUUCCCAGGCAGAAACAUUAACAGGGAAAUUACAGAUGCAUUCAGAUAUACAAACAUCAUAGAACUUUAUACUCAGCAUGGAUGGCAUUGUCCUUCACAGAACUUAAUAAAAUAGAUAUUACAUUAAUUAAAUAUUGAUUAUUAAAAUAUAUUAAGCAAAGAGUAGGUUAAAUAUUUUAAGUAAAUCUUAAAAAAAUGUUGAAACAUUUUUGAAUAUGUAACAAUGGCAAAUUUUACACAACAGGUGGGCAUUCUUAUUAAAAACAUUUAAAAAUGUCUUAUUUUAUUGUCUUUUAUGUCAGGCUGUUACUGUAAGUAGAUGGCAUUUUUCCAAAUACACAAACACUGAGGAAAUUUAGAGGAUUUAAACUGACUUGUUUGUAGACACCUUUCUUUCUUAAUUUUAAAAGUGAACGCAUUCUCAUACAGGGAGAGUUAACACGUUUUCUUAGUAAAUCGCAGGUAGACCGCCAUCUGUCCAUAUAUAAUCAGCAAACGAAAUGCCAAAACUUUGGAAGGCAGGCCUUUCUGAGAAUGUUCGGCGGUUGCUAUGGUGCUGUUUCACAAAGAUCAAUUAAUCAUAGCAUCACACUGCAGUGGUGUUUUCAAAUGAGUAGACAGGACCUCUUUCUGCCUUUUCAACUCUCGCGCGACCGCAGGUGAAUAAUGUCCACCUAAAAUAGUAUUAAGAAGCCGAGCCAUGAUUUACGAUUUCCGUUUGCUGACUGACACAUUAAUCAAUAAAUCAGAGGCGGCCCAGAGCAAGGCCUGUCUUUCCUCACCCCCCAUCACGAGGAAUGGCAUACAGAGUCCCCUGUACCCAUUAGAUUUGACUCGUGUAUAAUUCAGGCAAACCAGCUAUGUUUUGGUUGACCCUUGUCCUCUUCAGAAGCUUGGGCUUUUAGAAUGGCCUGCAUGGUUUCCAUGGAUAUAUUAUUACAGACAUUGCCAUUCAGACUUCAGACAAGGGAGUGUUGUUGCAAUAUCAUGAUUAGGAGCACAGCUGUUUACUUCUGUGCAGGAAACGUUUUCUGUUUUUCUGCGACUGUCUCUCGGGUAGCAGAGCUGCAAAAAAAAAUGUCGCCUGAUUUAUUCUUGAUAGAAAUCUGUUCCCCAAAAGAACAUGAGAACAGCCGGCUUAUUUAAUGGCAGAGCUGGCUGACCAGAAUGUAUCGCGCGACAGUGAGAUUCAGAUCACCAUGUAGGGAGACAGUGACAUAUUAAAGGAGCAAGGUAGUCGCCCAGGGUUGCGGGUUGAUGUUGAAGCAGGAGAGGAGAAGUGGGAUGACUUGAGCGCACCUGAGACAACUUGGGCUCCCCUCUCCUGCCCGGUGAUUAUUUGUAGGCUCUGACUGAAGUUUCCCUAAGGAUGGAUUAUUGAUUUGCCAAUUUGAGGCAAUGACAAGGCCAUUUGAAAUAGCAAACAGGUGUGGCCCUGAAGUAGCAUUCCAGACAGGAUGCCUUCCUGUCACUUAUACGAUCGAUGGUCAUAGAUGUAAAAUAUUAGUUUUGCCAAUGAAACGCAUCCAGCAGACAUUAGUGGUGAAUUAUCAAGCAUUUCAUAUAUUCUAGCGGAAUGAACUGGCCAGCUGGGCACUCGGGCAGAAUGACAGAACCUCAGAACGGCAGAGUUCACACAGGUGUUAGAUGCCGGGGUAAUGCGUGUUAGAAUUUGAAUUAAUUUCUAUUUCGUAGCAGACUUUGAAAAUGUACACUUUACUCCAGCUAUGCUCAAGUAGCUUUCGGCUGUUUUGCUCACUACCUCAAAUCCGCUUGCCAGCCAGCCGUGGCGAUUUGGCCCACCGUUAGAUUUAGGUAUGAUACAUCAUGAUGUAUACUGAACAUCAAGUGCAGCAGCUGUCUGCCUGUAAAACCCAACCCAUCAAUUUUCUGUAAUGAAUUCCACUUUCGGGCAGUUUAGGAAUCUAAGCUUUCUGCAGUAUUUACCAUUGAAUGUGUGUUAUUGGCCAGUAGGUUACUGUUACAAGGGAGCAACAGAAGCAGUGCAGCAUUGAUCAAAAAUCAUGCAGGCCAUCAUCGGAAAUCAACCACAAAAUAAGGGAAAAACAGCCACAUUCACGGAUAUAAGUUAUCCAUUCACACCUCCUGAUAUAUUUCACAAUACCUCAUAAGCACAUUUUAAGUGAAUUUUGGCAGGACUUCAGCUCAUGCGCAUAUGUGAACAAUGUUGGGAUCGUACCCGUAACCAUGGGGCCAGGGAAAAAGCCAGAAGUGCUGCUUUAAAGUAACUGAAUUUCACUACAUUCAUUUGAAGUGGACAUAUUUGGACAGAUUUGAAUUCAGACCCUUUUAAUUAAGGAUUCUCUUCAGUCCGGCACUGAAAUGUGGCUUUUUAUUUCACCCAAAUGGAUUUGCCGACUGUGGAGAUUUUACAAACUUCAGAAAAACCACCCCCCAACAAAAACAAAAAACACUGAAAAGUGUGCAUUUCAUAUUCGGAAAUUUUGCACCCAUGUCAUCUGUUAAUAUUUGUUUUAUAUUGUGCAUUUAUUCAGAACUGUCUGUACAAUUCAUUCUUCCAGUAUUUGUUUUAGAAACUUAUCAUUAUAAAUAUGAUAAGCAAUGCUCACCAAAUGUGUGUACUUGCAGUAAUCAUUAUUGUCAUUUUAUUUAUUUAUUUAUUUAUUUAAGAACUCUUGAUGUUAAUCAUAUGACAUUUAAGACAUACUGGACAUUGUGUAAAAUACCUAUUUCUAAUAGAAGGUUUUGUAAUCAGAGCGACAGUCCUACAACAACUGAACAGACUUGUUUAUGAAGGAAUUUUUUUUGACCGAUUUGCUAUUGAUUCAUGAAUAUCUAUCUAUCUACCUAUC